GUUGAAGUGACUCUCAGAACUGGCAGCGUCGGAAAGUACACAGCUCUUCUGGAGGCUGUUGGCUUCAACUCCUUACAUGCGCAGUGUUUGGAAGUUUUUGCAUCCGUGCAGCUCCCGUUGGUGCGCAUAAACACUCACCACGCUCACUUUCCGGUAACCUAUCUCAGGACACCGUCGGAGCCCAUGGAAGUGGAACUGCGCAACGAGUCAGAGAUGCCUGCAAACUUCUCGUGGAAAGUGCCCGUCAAAAUGGAUGGCUGCUACACAGCGGCAAGUUUGGAGGCCCAGAUCAAUCCAUCGCAGGGCUCCAUACCUCCCAGAGAGAGCCGAAAGUGUACCAUCAUCGCGGUGCCGACCAAGAUACCAGAGGAGGGUCCUGCUGUUCUGCCAUGCCAUCUCUUCAUCGAAGAGAUCUUGCAACCUUUGGAGCUUCGUGCCACUGCCAUUGUGUACGGCUGCGAAGUGGACUAUGCCGUGGUAGCUCCCGGGGACCUGCCGCCAGAGAUCGAGCUAAAGCCGAGACAGCCUGGGGAUUCGCCAUGCGACCCUGCAGGCACGUACCUCAUCACCAGCGGGAAGGCUCCACGGAAGAUGCCCUCCGUAGACUUUGGCGAGCUGCCGUUACAGAGGGCCAAGGUGAUGCAGGUUAUGCUGUAUAAUCGGACCGGUAUCGCCACGCCAUACAGCGUGAAAGUGGACAAGAAUCCUGCCUUCGAUCCUCUGGUCAAGGGUCGCAAGAUUGGUGACUAUCUGGAUGCUGCUACGCGCAUGUAUGCUCUGAUCAAUCAGUCAGGCGGGCAAGAGCCAGAAAAUCUAGGAGAGACGGUCAAGCAGACCUUUGAGAGUUCUCCACAGCCUGCUGGUGCUGGAAGAGAUGACAACGACUCAACAAAGCUUAAGACCAAGAAGUUCAAGAGCGCAUUGAACAAGACCAAGAAGACUAGCACGAAAAAGAAGAGGUGGAUUCUGGACGACAAGCACGAACGACAGGCAUUCCGUAGCAGCUUUGGUGCCGACUUUGCCAAGCAGAAGGAGAUGAAAGAGCAGGGUCGUAUGGCGCUUCGGGCUGGCCGCGGGUUUGCAGUCAAAGUGUCGCCUAGCAGUGAUUGGCUGCAGCCAUUCAGCAUGGCCGUGAUCACCGUGACUUCUUUCAGUGACCUUCCUGGCCUCAUGGAAGAUGAGCUAAUCCUCACCUUGCGAGAGCUUCCCGGGCAUGCUGAAGGGGAAUCCUUCCGGAUACCUCUGCGGUUGCAGUCGUAUGGGAACCCACUUUACCUGCCAGAUCAGCAAGUCGGUCUCAACACCCUGGCUUCGCCUCCCAGGCUUCUAUGUGGCGUCACAGUGCCAGCAGAGAAGAUGCUGCUGAGACGCUUCAAAGUUGGCAACAACUCUGCUGCCAGGGUGGUUGUCAACUGGAAGAUCUUCCCCAAGACGAAGCUUGAGAACAUGUCCGAAGAUCGUGCGAUGAUUCACGUCGGACUUUGCGGAAGACAUCCUGGUGUCAAGGAUCCUUUCGUGGAGCCAGAAGUCAAGACGGAGCUUGCAGAAAAGGACGUGCUGAAGCUGAACAUUGAUGACGGCGAUGAACAGGAGGAAGACUUGGAUCCUGAAGAGCCCUUCAACUUCAAGAUCUGGUCUGAGCAGCCUCCAGAGAUCCAAGACCCCUUCUCCUUGCCUGGCAAUGAGCUCCCUGUACUCAUUGAACCGGAAGAAGCUGUGGUACCUGAGCAUGGGACCGCCAGCUUCACUGUGACGAUGACGUGCUUGAAAGCCACGCUCACGGCAGCGAGUAAUUACCGAUACACUCUGAUUGGUGACUGUCGCUUCACUGCUGAUCGUGAAGAGCGCCUGGCUUUUGCAGAGGCCAACCCAGAUGAGGAGUAUGAUGAGCGGCCGCCGCAAACUCCCUACGUGGCGCUCAGCCAGGAUGCACAAGUGCAAGGGCUCCCGGAUAUCGAGCUCGACGGGAACGCAGUUGUGGACGAUGAUUCGGACAUCGAAGUAGAUCCCAAGACCCUGUUGCAGGAGCCGCUGAUCGAGGUACCUGCUGGGCUGGAGGUGACGACAACAAAGCGAUUCAGGCGCAAUCGCGCGGGGCCGCCGCCACCGCAGCCCUUGGCAGUGGAGCCCCAGUUGGAUGUUCUUGCCACGAUCGUGAUCGAUUGCGUGGGUGACUGUGUCUUACCCAGGUUAACAGUGGAUAAAAAAGGAAAUCCUGCGGUCGAGGAGUUCCCAGCGCAGAACAAAGAGCAGGAUGAUAUUGGCGACGAAAGAGAGCCCCCAGUGUUGAACGCGCCCGUUUUCAAGUUCACCUGGUCCUCAGUGCCGCAAGGUUCGCAGCCAGCAACUGGCCCGUUGCACGGAGGUGCUGUGGGCGGCACUCAGGUCACAGGAGUCACUUCAUGCCUGGUGCGCCAAAUCAGCUUCUCCAAUCACAACGCAGCAAAGAUUACUUGCAAGUUCCGUACUGAGGGCCCCUUCAGAAUCCAGCUCAUACAGCAAGGGGGUGCUCACCCUGUGGUGAAUCCGGAAAGCUCGGGGGGAAAGACCAAAAAGAAGGACGAGCAGCCUUCAGACAUCCGAAAGCUGUUCGUGUUGGCAAAGUGGGAGACCGUGACAUUGCACGUGGUGUUUACACCUGAACAAAUACCGCUGCCACAGUGGCAACAUUACCUGACCAAACACGAACAUGUGUUCAAGGGCGAUUUGAUUGUGGAGUACCCGCGAGAUGCAACAGGCGAGCUUGACACCCACAAGGAUGACCUGCAGCGAAUCCACUUGGUGGGGACCGCCAAGCGCCCAGCAGUCCAAGUCCAUGCGGUCCCCAACGAGUUCGACCGCCCCAUGCGCCUGGAGCGUGCAGAGCGGCCUCCGUGGUCCGAGCCAAUGCCGGUGAUCGUAGAGUUUGGCUACACGCACGUCCAAAGCUCCAUCACACGGUCCCGUUGCAUACUUAUCUCCAACAUCACAAACACACUGGCAAAAUGGAACCUGGUACAUGUAGGUCGCAAGAGAAAAGCUUCGCCUGUCAUUGGUGCCACGCUCCCAGAAGAGGAGGAGUUCCGUGCCCUGGAUGACAAGGAUGCCUUUGAGUUUGACAUCAGCGCUGGCGAGCUUCCUGGCCCGUCCAAAGACGGCCUGGUGCCUGACUCUGAGGAGCGGCUACCCCACUGGUGCGCAAAAAGCUCAGCAUUGCCCCGGGCGCCACCCUUCCCAGAUGACGAGCGCUUUGAACCGCAGCGACUCAAAAUCUCCUUCAGACCCAAGAAAAACGAGCUCUACAAAUGUCGCUUUCGAGUGCAGGUGGAGAAUGGUCUCAGCAUGGAUUUUAUUUGCAGAGGUUGUGGCAGCUAUGAUGAGGAGGAUGAUAAUUUGGAUUUCCACGAAGCCUAG